CUUCAGCACCGACUAUACUCCAAAUCUGAAAAAUAGCCUAAUCCCAUCCCAAGAAAAAAUAAAGCUUUCUCAUCGUGUAGCAUGAACCGUCUGAUGUACUGACUUGGAGUCCGUUUGACUUGAAGAUCCGAUCUAAAUUACAAAAGUCCCAUUUAUCAAGCUCAUUUUUUUUUUCAAUUCUAAUUCUAUAGCUCAAUUGCUGUGACCUGCUUAUCAAAUAGAAGAAAGCUCUUCGCGCGAAUUUGGCUCAUUUUGCUUUACGGUAACUUCGAAAGUUGGCAAAUACUGAGUGACCCAUCUCGAAUUUCAGCCAUAAUUUACUAAAGAUUACAUCUUUUUUUGGGGCAAUGUCGUUCUUGCACCAGAGAUCGAUUCACAACCCACUUUCGAUUCCAUAUCCACUUUCCCCUCGUUCUUCAUCGUCUUCGCACAGAUCCUUCUCGCUUUUCAACCCCAUUACCCUUUUCGUUCUCUUAUCUCUUCUGGUGAUCCUCGGUGUCUUCUUGCCAUGGGCGGACAUGAAUGAGGGACUCUUUUCAACCGUUAGGCCCUCAUUAACCAAGUGGCACAGCUACACACUGGCUCAAGCGGCGUCGUUUGUUGCGAAGAAUGGGACUGUGAUCGUCUGCGCUGUGAGCCAGCCUUACUUGCCAUUCCUCAACAACUGGCUGAUUAGUAUUUCUCGGCAGAAGCAUCAGGACAAGGUGCUUGUGAUCGCCGAGGACUAUGCCACGCUUUAUAAGGUGAAUGAGCGCUGGCCUGGCCAUGCCGUGCUCGUCCCUCCUGCACCAGAUUCCCAAACUGCUCAUAAAUUUGGUUCUCAGGGAUUUUUCAACUUUACUUCCCGUAGGCCGCGCCAUUUGCUGCAUAUUUUGGAGCUUGGUUACAACGUUAUGUACAAUGAUGUUGAUAUGGUGUGGUUGGCUGAUCCAUUCCCUUAUUUGGAAGGGAACCAUGAUGUUUACUUCACGGAUGAUAUGCCUCAAGUGAAACCUCUGAUGCAUUCUCAUGCUUUGCCUCCUCCUGGGAAGAAAGGACGCACUUACAUAUGCAGCUGCAUGAUUUUCCUCCGUUCCACAAAUGGAGCAAAGUUGGUCAUGAAGAAAUGGAUUGAUGAGCUUCAAGAACAGCCUUGGUCCAAAGCCAAGAAAGCGAAUGAUCAGCCUGCUUUCAACUGGGCAUUAAACAAAACUGCCGGAGAGGUGGAUCUGUACCUGCUUCCCCAGACAGCAUUUCCAACAGGAGGAUUAUACUUCAAGAACCAAACUUGGGCACAAGAAACUAAAAGCAAGCAUGUCAUUAUCCAUAACAAUUACAUCACGGGUUUUGAGAAGAAGAUAAAGCGAUUCCGCGACUUUGGUCUCUGGUUGGUAGACGAUCAUGCGGAUGAGUCUCCACUUGGUAGAUUAUGAGAUUACAAAUACGUGUUCUAAUAUCAAUGCCUUUUUGCUGAAGUAAUUAAAUCCCUUUCUGUCCCAUAAUUACUGGUUUGAAGGACACCUCUCUCCUGACAUGAGUGACACUAGUGGCACAUUGGCAAAAUGGAAAUGGUGCUGCCAAAUUUGUUUUAGUUGCAUUUCUGAAAGUUUUGUAGGGGAUAAAAUACCCUCAGUGAACCAUGCCAAGUGGUUGUACCCGUUAAUAUAGUCAUAUCAUAUUGAUUAUUUGUAGUUCAGUCCACUUUUGAUUAAUUAUUUUCUUCAACUUUGUUUUUGGUUUGCCUCACGGCGGACUUGCUCUCUAUUUGUUCA